UUUGCUUUGCGCUUUGCCGAAACGCCGAGACGCGUCCUCCACGGUCGUUCCAGAUCCGUGUGCAUUGGAUACGGCUUGUAGAGAAAUUACGACGCUUUAAUUUCGAACACGUCCACAUCUCUAUCAUCAGUGACUUUAUAGCUAAGAUUAUAAAGGACAAAAUUAUUUUCUGAUGGCUGUGGAAGUUCAUUGCGCGAUGUAGUCACCCUCCAGCCUUUCCGGCAAGAGAUGCUACGGUGCCGGCGCCCGGAGAGUACAAUGAUGAAGAAGAAGACGUGCGUGUAAUAUAUCCGUACUUCUCUUACAAAGCAAUGGAUUCCCAUUCGUCGGUGGAUUCGCCCGUACCAAUGAACCGUGUGCUUCUACGGAUAAAAGUUCUGAACUUGGCGUACCUGACAGUAUCCAUACCGCUGGCUACGCUACUCUUCUGUUUUGCGACCUCCAUGCUAUUUCAGUACACAGUAGUAAAUACAACAGUGUGCAAGGUGUACAACUUCUGCCCAUCUGUGAGUGCUAUCACGGGCAUCUCUCCACAGUGCUACGUGUGGCGCAUGGGAGUGGCUCUGCACACAGGGCCACGGUUGCUCUUGGCUUCCCUGUACCCGCGUUACCACAAAACAAAGGCUGCACAUGUCUCUGCACUCCGCAGGCCCCUAUUUCUUCAGCUCACCCGUGCCUGCUAUGGCCUUCAUCUUGUGGAGGCACUCUCUCUCGUUGGCGUCACAUACAUUUCCAACAGAGAAAAUUACGAAGUUCAUGAGAAGAUUUUCAUUAUAUUCAUGGUGUCUUCCCUGUUGUACAUGCUUGGCACAUGUAUAACUGUCAACAUGUAUGAGAACAAGACUGAGACCACAAUGGAAAAGAAAUCGAAGAGAUUGAAGAUGUCUCUCCUAGCCCUUACCCUGGCCGCCAGCGGUGGAAUGCUGUAUUUUUUCUACAAACAUCGUAUACACUGUGUUGAACUAGCUUUCAGCUGGUUUUCGAUUUGCGAGUACGUCAUCUGCUUCUGCAACAUGGCAUUCCACUACACACUUGUCUAUGACAUUCCCAAUGAAGAACUCUUGGUGGGUCUCCCACAGGCAAUCUCACUGGACAAAAGCAACUCCACAAAGGCCCAGUGAAAGACAACUUCUCUUUAAAUGGCCUUGUCUAAAAAGUCAGAAGCUUGCAGUGCAACUCCACUCAUAAUGCGAUAUUGAUCUUCCAGCUAAACCAGUCUGCGUUCAGGGGAUGAGUUCCCAUGGUACACGUGACCCCCAGAUCCACAUUUCUUUCCAUUUUUCAUGCUUGUUGGCACAAUGUGUUCAUGUUUUACAUGAUUCAUCACACCUGUGUCCUUGAGACCUCAUACACAUUCACUAUUUUUGUAUGCCGCGUGAAGUCAUUUACAGAAACAAAAACAUUUACAGAACAAAAGUAAUUUACAAAAGAAAAAAGAAAUAUGCACAUGUGUAGUGUAAUGUACGGUAAUCCAAAUCUGAAUGUGCAAGAUAUUUUAGGUGCUGUUGCAAUUGCAUCAGGGAUAAAUUAGAGAACUGUGAAAGUCUAAAAAAAAAACAAGAAGAAAAUACUCUAUCUAGUAAAUUAUUUCUAUGGAGUACAAGAACUUUCGAAAAUGGAUCACAAUAAACGUCAAUCAUUGUACCGUGUGGCUGUUUGUUGCAAGGUGAAGUUUAAUUUUGCUUUUUACUAUCCAGCAAAACGAGUAAAGUGCAAUAUGCAGCUCUAUUUUGCCCAGAAUAUAUUUUGUGGUUGUCCCAAAACAAAGCAGUUCUUUGCUCCAAUCAUCGUCACCAAAAGAAAGUUGCCGUUUUAGUUCUUUGCUUGCUUCCUGGUCCUGCAAUCCCAAUCAAUGGAACUUGUCACAGCAUACCGAGCAUACUGAAGUUUUUUUCAGUUGAUUGGCUUAACACAAUCUAUAUGUGCUUUUAGAUCAACAAGUUUCCACCCUUUGUGGCCCUAGCCAGGCUCUUUAUGUCCUUAUCUCUUGCCAUUUGAUCUGCUACCUGUGACAAAUCAUAAACCACAAACUUACCCAGCGUGAUUUUGCACAUACUGUUGUAGCUCUUGAUGACCAGCGCUCAGAGAAUUGUCUUUCCCAAAUUGUUUUGUACUGUAAUAAUCAGGGUUCAGCUUAUUCCAAAUGCUUUGUAACUUUGUUAUUUUAUGUUUGAACAGUGCUGUAACAUAAAUGUGAACAAGUUACACGAGCUAGAAUGUAACUAAUUUUUUUACUUAUCUUGUUCUGAUUGCGUUGGCCGGCUGAUCCGUUUUUGUGCCAAUAUCUUAGCAAUGUUUUUGUACUUCUUGUACACCAUUCUUGUACUCCACUCUACAACCUACCCUUCUACCACCAUACUGUUCAUUGUGAUGUGCAAUUGCAGUUCAAGGUUCUGACUUUUUAUACAUAGUAUACCCAUAGACUCUAGUCGACAGCAUUCCUACAAGCAACACUACAAUAGGGCGCUCAGUCCCCCAUUUUUUUUCUGUCAUGUUUGUUGCUAGUCCAUAUAUGUCCAACCUUUUACUUGGAUUUAUUAUGAGAGGCAAACAAGUUGGUGUAUUUACAAGUCUACUUUUGUUAUUUUUAUUUAGUUCCUACUCAAUUUAGCUCUCUUUCUUGUCUGGCGCAGGAAGGAAAGCGUAGUAUAUUUGUUCAGCCAAAAAAUGUGUUCAGAGAACAGUGAGAGAGAGUUAGUUCAAAAUGCAACUGGCAUCUGGCUCAAGCAGCUUUGUAAGUAAUAUUGUUCUGUGUGCAUGUAAACGUAAAAGUGGAAGCAAUAAACUAGGAUAAAGAGGUUUGUGAGACAGCA